AUGAAGCCACUCGCCGUUGUUAACCUUUGCCGCCUCUCCGUUAUAUGUAAGAAUUCUGGGGAUUUGGAAGAUCGGAUUCUGGAAACCGCGGAGGACAUCGGUGGUCCCGUCGAUAAAGCAAAGGCUAGGGCUUUGAGGAAACAGAGAGAGUUAGAGAAGUCGAAGAAAGCUUUAGAGAGAGAUUGGAGACUAAAUGAAGAUUGUUCAAAAUUCGCUGGAACCAAUGCUGCAUCAACCGUGAGAAUCGGGACCAAGGUUGCUGCUGCUCAACGUCUCAACUUCCAAGCUUCCAUGAGAGUUAGUAUAAGUUGCUGGUGGAUUUUUGUGUACUUCUCUAAUUUCUGUGGAGCUGAAAAGGUUGCAGAUGCUCUGAAGCAAAACCGUUCAAUUGCAACUAUUGACAUGGUGAGAAUAACCAUCUUCUUCUCCAUUUUCCCCAAGUGGUUUGGAGAUGCGGAGAAGCUCACAAAAGCUCUCUUCUCCUUUGCAAGCAAAACCGUCCAUUGGCUUCUAUUUAAAGUAGACAAGGGAAAGAGGAAAUCAUUGAACGCUAAAGAGUUCACAGGUGUGAUGCAAGACAUAGAGGUGGGGGUCAACAUAGAAAAGUUGAAGCCAGUUUUGGCGGCUAGAUGGUAG